AUGAUCAAAGAUUGUCCAGAAGACUAUCACUGCCAGUCUGGUGCGCUACUCGUGGGUGAUCCGUGGGUGCAAGAUGUGAAAAGGCUACCACCGUUGCCAUUUGCCAGAGAGGAAGUAGAGAUGAUUGGGAGAUUGCUGGGCAGUACCCCUCUCAUUGGAAGACAGGCUACAAAGGAUGAGGUGUUACAACGAAUCGGUUCAGUUGCUUUGGUGCACAUUGCUGCACAUGGUAGUAUGGAAACUGGCGAAAUUGCGUUAGCGCCAAACCCGGGUGAGACGGAUUUCAUUAUGACUAUGAAAGAUGUACUGCGAGCAAAGAUUCGAGCCAGACUGGUCGUACUCAGCUGCUGUCAUAGUGCUCAUGGUAAAAUCAAAGUCGAGGGUGUAGUUGGCAUAGCACGGGCAUUUUUGGGUGCCGGUGCUCGUUCUGUCCUGGUAUCCCUGUGGGCGAUUGACGACAAGGCCACCCUUGAGUUUAUGAAAAAUUUCUACCAGCAUCUUGUGGAAGGAAAGAGCGCUAGCAAAGCCCUGAACCAAACAAUGAACUGCAUGAGAGAAUCUGAAGAAUUUAGCGAUGUCAAACACUGGGCACCAUUCGUACUUAUUGGCGAUGAUGUCAAACUAGAGUUUGGUGGGAGCCAA